CACAGCCUCGACGCUUCUCCCCGGCGGCGGGUGCUGUGUCCCCCCGGCCCCCCGACGCCGCCGGGAGCCCGAACAACCUGACCGCCCCACCUCCAGGCGGCGGCAGCGGCGGCCCCAGCCCCGUCCCGCCGAGCCCGGGCGGCGCCCGGGCUGGGGGCCGGGACCAUGCGCCCAGCGCGGCGCUGAGCCCCGCGGCGGCGAAGCGGAGCCCUCUCCUGCCGGCAGCCCCCGACCUGCGAGCGAGCGGGGCCGCGCCCGCCGCCGCCGCCCAUGACCCUGCGCUCCGCCGAGCCCCUGGAGAGCGCGGAGAGCUCCGGGGAGCGCUGGGGGCGCCCCGGGGCGGCGGCGCCCGCUGCCGAGGAGUGCCGUGAGGCGGAGCAGCUGGCCGCGGCUAUGGAGGAGCUGCGGCGGGCAGGAUGGUACUGGGGCAACAUGACAGUUGCUGAAGCCAAAGAAAGGUUACAGGAUGCCCCUGAAGGGACCUUUUUGGUUAGGGAUAGUUCGCAUUCAGAGUAUCUACUGACUAUAUCAGUAAAAACGUCAGCGGGACCGACCAAUCUACGUAUAGAAUAUCAAGAUGGCAAGUUUAGACUGGACUCUAUCACUUGUGUCAGAUCUAGACUUAAACAGUUCAACAGCGUUGUGCAUUUGAUUGAGUACUAUGUUCUUAUGUGCAAGGAUAGAACUGAAACACCUUCAAAUGGAACAGUUCAUCUUUACUUGAACAAACCCCUCUAUACAUCUGCUCCAUCUCUGCAACACCGCUGCAGAAUAGCUAUAAACAAGAGCACAAAUCAGAUCUGGGAGCUGCCAUUACCAACAAGACUAAAAGAGUACCUGAAAGAAUAUCAAUACCAGGUAUAAAUAUAUUUUCUAAAUGCCUCUAACACAGAGUAACUUUUGAAUGCAAUUCUUAAAAUCAGCCAAAGAACUGAGUAACCAGUUGUACAACUCAGCAUGGAAUUCACUAUCAAAACAGUGGCAGUUCUGGGGGAAAGGUUUUUAUUUCAGAUGCUACAAAGGGAGACUUUAUGUAAAAUAAUCCCAGUGUGCAUCCUUGGGGGUUCAACAAGGUGGCAUGCUAUUCUUGCAAGGAGAGAGAAUUGAGGAAUCUGUCCAGAUUGUGUCACUCUGUCAAUAAAAUGCUGCACUAUCAAACGCUUACUGAAACAGUGGGACCGGGAGAGACUUCAUAAGUGGUCAGAGACAUAUGAGAGUUUACAAGUAUCUCAGCUGUCUGAUUCCAAGAUUAAUUUGGUGCUGGCGUUCAUAUAAUCCUAAAAGCUUAACUAGAUCACACUGUGAUAAUCUUGCUAAAGUUAUGCAACUAAUCAAAUCCAGUCAGAAAAAUGAUCAUAUAUUCAGUUUUUGUUGAACUACUCUCCUGCUUUUCUGCAAGCAAAGGAGUACUCUAAGUAAUCAGUCUAGAACAUUGUUUUUCAAAGUUAUUUGAAAGCUGACCUUAAGAAGAAAUGCCACAUCUUUCACAGGAACCCAGUAUAUUACUGAUUAUACCAGAUUGGUAUCUCAAAAUCCUUAAUGUGUCAACAUCUUCACAGUGUUGAUGUAUCCAUGCCAUUCUAUUUAUUAAGCCUCUUUUGGUUGAGGCUUUAGAACUAUAUGCUUCAGACUUGCAGUUCCAAUGUCAAAACAUGGGUAUCAGCAGUUACAUGUGUCUUCUACAGUGUAGAAUGUUUUCUUCAGCCUGUUUCCCAAAAUACGGGGAAAUACAAUGUGGAUUUUUUUUAUAGAGGGUUGGUUUUAAUUUUUUUUCUUUUUAAUUUUCUUUUUUCUUUAUUUUAUUUUAUUUUAUUUUAUUUUAUUUUAUUUUAUUUUAUUUUAUUUUAAUUUCAUUUUUUAACUUCCAAUUCACCAUUGUAGCUAUCAAUGAUUACUCAAUAAAGUAAAUCAAAGUGCACAACAAUCUCCCAAUCUUUGUAUGUACGGAUUUGCUACUAUUCAGGAAAGAGUGCUCUUAUAUAGGAACUUAUAUAAUUUCCCAGCUAAUACUCACAUAAAUGCACAUGUAUCAGUGAGGAUGAAUAACCCUGCUUUGCCUUUGUGGUGCUGCUCAAAAGUAUAGCUGGAUUACAUUCAGAUUAGUGGUUUAGAGGCUGCCUGCUGAAUUCCUGUAGUUGGGUAUUAGCACAGGACAUUGCUUUUUCUGUUAUAGUGGUCUUCCAAACAGGAAGAGGGGACUAAAACCCUCAGUACCUAUUCUUCAGCCCAAAGGUAAAGUAUUUAAUAAAAGAAAUACACAGGAUGAGAAAAAUGGGAAAGCAGUAAAGAGAGAAACAAGGACAUGGACUCACCCUUAGUCAACAAAUUAAAAGUUUUAAUUCUUUCCCUAGCUUAUUUGUUGAUUAAGCAAAGACCUGUGCUUGAACAAGGAGGGUUGUCAAGACUUGCUGUAAUCUAGCUUUGCCCAGGCUGAAAUAGAAACAACAUAAAAUAAUCUUGUUUUCCUUGUGACUUAACUGCUCUGUUGUACUUUCAAGAUCUGUCCCUUCUCAUAAACUCUGGGGCCCUGACCAGCUUAUUUGUUGCAUCUAAACUCCCAGUGUUACACACUCAGUUUUGUCUGUAACAUGCUGGCAGAAAUGAGUGGCAGAGCCAUUGAGAAAUAGAAGGCACCAAGAACGUGAGGCAGAGUGGAUGGUUCCUUGGUAGGACAUAUACUUGAUAUGUUCUUGUUCUCUCUGUGGAAAACGGGUUUCUCCUCCUCCAUUGCACAAAUUUUCUGUCCCCAUUUUAAACUCAAGCUUUAGUAUAGAAAUGGGAGGAGUUUUGAUCGGAAAAACAAACCAAAAUAUUUUGUUAUGUAAAAUUUUCCCCAUGUCUUGCCAAGAUGUAUUUGGAAGUUUUUUACAUUAUAAGGUGGCCACUUUUUGGUUCCCAUGCCCAAAGAGCUCUUGUGUUCUAGGUAUGUGUCAUAAUUACAUGGUUCUUGUCAUCAGUCUUGCUAAGAUCUGCCACCCUCAGGCUGAGGAGCUUUUCCUGUGAGCAGAGCCUGUCAAAAAACUGUGUUCCUGUGAACACUUUUCAUUCUGAUGAAUCUUUUCUUACAGUUCUUGUCUAGCUCUAGCCUGUGGUGAGAGAACUGCUAUAUGGAAUAAGUUCCAUCACAGUGACAGACUAAUCUGCUGCUGUGUUACCAUUCUACUGCUGUGCCUUUUCAGCCAGGCUGAUAAGCUUGGGGUCUCAAUGGUAAACACAUUCUACUAAGGACCUUUAAAACAAAUCCCUGCGGGUUUAACAUCAUGAAUACCAGUGCUGGAACAAGCAGACUGAGAAGACAAGAGCUUUGGGGUGCAAUGAGACCGCUAGAUUGCGAACUCAGGAAAUUAUUUGUGGCUUGCUGGUGGCAGACUGUGAGCAGUCACAGGCCAAGUGUACCCCACAGCAGAGCCAAGCUCUGAGGAACAACAAGGGGCAGAUGCAGGGAAGCUUGCUGGUUUUUUAAUAACAGUUCUCCAAAGCACGAGGGCAAAUGGCAGGCUGAGAACAAGCAGUGCUGGCAAAGUGAAAGGUGGUGAUUCUUGUAACUAAUCAAGUUACUGUGAUGUGGAAUCAAGUCCCCAAACACUGAGCAUAUUGACCUAGAUUUCAUACCAUUUGUAUUAGUUCCUGUGAGGAAAAGUAGGCUCUGUAGCUGUAGUGUGCUCAAGCUGUGAACAAUAUUUUAAACAGACUGGAGGGGGAACUAGUCCUCUUUGUAUGAAAGCACAGUUCUCGUCCUCAUUAGGAUGCCAGUCCUAAGGUUGAUGCAUUGCACUAGUAGAACUAAACCACAGUAUAGCUUGCAGAAAGCUUGGCUUCUUUCUAAUGCAGCACAGAGGAAUGACUUGUUCAGGUACAAAAAAUCUGAUGAUAGAACAUGAUUAGAUUUCAGUGCUACAAAGAUCUUGCAUGAAGACUGAAUUUUCAGACAUAAAAUUUUCAGACAUGAUGUUCAAACAUUUAAAAAAAAUUUCAGUGCCUUGUUUUUUCUUUACCCUAUGGAUGUUGCAGCUUGUUUGCAGCACUAGCUUUUAAAUUGUGAGCCCUUCAGAUUAUAAAAAUUACUUCUAACUGAUAUAUAUCGUCUUGAAUUGCUAGUGCAGAGUGUGCAGCAAAGCCAGUUUCACAGGUUCAAUGUCCAUGAGUCAACCAAAAAUCAUGAUAAGGACUUUAAUUCUAAGCCUUCUUUCACCCCAUGUGUUGGUUUGGUUUUUCUUUUUUGAGUCUUGGAGUCUCAGAUUUUCCAGUUUGUACCUGAAAUGUUAGAAAACCUCAUCAAUUUACUUAAAGAGAACAUAUAUAUAAACAUAAUUGCAAGAUGAAUGAUGAAAAAUGAAUUGGUGAUAGUAUUUAGUUUAGCACUAAACCUAGCAGAAGUGUAAACUAGGAAAGUAUUUUAGUUGUAUGGGUAUCUUCCUGCUGGUAGUAUUAUCACUGGAGACAGAAAAUGGUUUGAGCACAAGAUGAAUGGAUAGAGUGGGAAUGUAACCAAGCAGUUGUGCUCAUUGCAUUAGAAGUAAUUUUAUUUUAAUCUUAUCUUGUAAUUAUUGUCCUAAUAAUAUUUUAUGUAACCACAUUCUAGAUAAACAAUAUAAAAAUUAUUAGGAAGAAGGAAAAAUUGUUCACCAGAAUAUGGGGAGCAAAGGUUUUUUUUU